GCACAGCCGGAAGUUCCUAUCCGUGGGUCUUCAGAGAGAGGUAAUUUGAGGAGUGGGCUACAGCUGGGGGGACUCAGGUGUGGCUCCCCGGGGAUGGCGAGGCAGGGAGGACAGUGUGACCGUAAGGGACACCUGCGCGGGGAGGCGGAGAACGAGGCAGCACCCAAACCUGGUACCGACCCUUGACGUCGGGGUACUACCUCAUCCCUCGGGCGUGAUGGCUACGGGCGCAGAUGUACGAGACAUUCUAGAACUCGGGGGUCCAGAGGGAGAUGCCGCCUCUGGGACCAUCAGCAAAAAGGAUAUUAUCAACCCGGACAAGAAAAAGUCCAAGAAGUCCUCAGAGACGCUGACCUUCAAGAGGCCUGAGGGCAUGCAUCGGGAGGUCUAUGCUUUGCUUUACUCUGACAAAAAGGAUGCACCCCCACUGCUGCCCAGUGACACUGGUCAGGGGUAUCGGACAGUGAAGGCGAAACUGGGGUCCAAGAAGGUUCGCCCUUGGAAAUGGAUGCCUUUUACUAACCCAGCUCGAAAGGACGGCGCUAUGUUUUUCCACUGGCGACGAGCGGCGGAGGAGGGCAAGGACUACCCUUUUGCCAGGUUCAAUAAGACGGUGCAGGUGCCCGUGUACUCAGAGCAGGAGUACCAACUCUACCUUCAUGAUGACGCAUGGACUAAGGCAGAGACUGACCACCUAUUUGACCUCAGCCGCCGAUUUGAUCUGCGCUUCGUAGUUAUUCACGAUCGGUAUGACCACCAGCAGUUCAAGAAGCGUUCUGUGGAGGACCUGAAAGAGAGGUACUACCACAUUUGUGCCAAGCUUGCCAACGUGAGGGCUGUGCCAGGCACAGAUCUCAAGAUACCAGUGUUUGAUGCUGGGCAUGAGAGACGGCGGAAGGAACAGCUAGAGCGGCUUUACAACCGAACCCCAGAGCAGGUGGCAGAGGAGGAGUACCUCCUACAGGAGCUGCGUAAGAUUGAGGCCCGGAAAAAAGAGCGGGAGAAGCGCAGCCAAGACCUGCAGAAGCUGAUUACAGCAGCAGACACCACUGCAGAGCAGCGGCGCACGGAACGCAAGGCUCCCAAGAAGAAGCUACCCCAAAAGAAGGAGGCUGAGAAGCCGGCUGUCCCUGAGACUGCAGGCAUCAAGUUUCCAGAUUUUAAGUCGGCAGGUGUCACGCUACGGAGCCAGCGGAUGAAGCUACCCAGCUCUGUGGGUCAGAAGAAGAUCAAGGCGCUGGAACAGAUGCUGCUGGAACUUGGUGUGGAGCUGAGCCCUACCCCCACAGAGGAGCUGGUGCAUAUGUUCAAUGAGUUGCGGAGCGACCUGGUGUUACUCUACGAGCUCAAGCAGGCCUGUGCCAACUGUGAAUAUGAGCUACAGAUGCUGCGGCACCGGCACGAGGCCCUGGCUCGGGCAGGAGUGCUGGGGGCCCCUGCCGCAGCAGCAGUGGGACCAACCCCGGCUUCUGCUGAGCCAACAGUGUCUGAAUCUGGACUUGGUCUGGACCCCACCAAGGAUACCAUCAUUGAUGUCGUGGGUGCACCCCUCACACCCAAUUCGCGGAAACGACGGGAAUCAGCCUCCAGCUCAUCUUCUGUGAAGAAAGCCAAGAAACCAUAAGGGGCCAUCUGAGUUGGUGGUAUGGUGUAAAUAGAGCUGUUACAUUGGACUGGG